CGCAAAAAGCUCUGUCGGGUUGGUGUGAAUGGCCUGCACGUGGACCACUUGCGUCCGCUUCUAAUCUACAUCGCCUUAUCUUAAUCCACUCUCACCGUCUCCAUUUCCAGCACUAUAUUCGUGGUUUUUUGUGCGCUUGGGUAAAAAAAAGCGGAGAAAUAAAAACUGUAUCGGUGCACAUAAUGGAUCCCUUGCCCCCGUUCAGUAGUCUGACAACUUCAGUACCUGAGAACUGGUUCCAGAGGCAGGUGACAUCAUUGCCCGAUCUCAUAUAUGAGGGUCAUUUCCACUCCAUUCGCCGUCAGACAAAGCAUGGAGAGCUUCGUCACAUUAACGUUCUUAGCGCUCGUAUUAUGCGCAGUAGGAGAGAUAACCUACAUCGAAGUCCGCCUGCCCUUGCCGGGCGAGCGUGCCUUGCCGGGCACUCCAUGGCCCGCUCCACAGAGCUGGAAGACAUCACAUUUCCAACUGACCUUGGAUCCGGAGACGUUCAGCCUUACUUCCAACGCGGAAUCCUGCGAUGUAGUUGCAAGAGCGCUAGACCGCUAUCGAAAUCUGAUCUUCAUCAAACCCGAGCCCACGUGCAAGGAAGAGUCGAGGCCCUUCCUACCAGGACUCAGAGUGGAAGUUGAAAAGUUUGAGAAAGAGCACUGCAGGUACCCUCGCCAUAAGGAUGACGAGAGCUACACGCUUCAUGUCGGGGAAACUGGUGAAGCCCUUCUGAACUCCAGUACAGUUUGGGGAGCCUUGCGAGGGAUCGAGACAUUUAGUCAGCUUGUGUACCAAGAAGAAGAGACCAGAAAGUAUUUGAUCAACGCCACACAAAUUGAAGACUUUCCCAGAUUUGCUUUCAGAGCUCUGCUUAUUGAUUCUGCAAGACACUUCCAGCCUCUCAAGGUCCUCAAACAAAACUUGGACGCUAUGGCAUACAACAAGUUCAACGUGUUCCAUUGGCACCUUGUUGAUGACCAGUCCUGGCCCCUGGAGAUGACUACGUACCCUAACCUAACUAAGAGCGCUUAUUCACCCCGGCUCGUGUACUCAAAAGCUGACGUCCAAGACAUCAUAGAGUACGCUCGACUUCGUGGCAUCCGUGUAAUUCCUGAGGUGGAUACACCUGGACACACUCAAGCGUUGGGCAAGGUGUUCCCUGACGUCCUGACGGCCUGCUACGGUAACGGCACACGAGGUACCCCCAACUACCCGGAGUUCGCCGCCUUUGAAAUGUUAAACCCAACGCAAGACUACACUUACGAUCUCAUGAAGGAUAUUCUGAAGGAAGUUGCUGAAUCGUUUAAGGACGAGUAUAUUCAUCUCGGAAUGGACGAAGUAUACUACGCCUGCUGGAAUUCUAGUCCCGAAAUCAAAGCAUUCAUGCAGGAAAAAGGAUUCGAUGCUGUGAACCAGGUAGAGCAGUACUACGUCAAGCGAACGUUAGACAAUGUCAAGAACUUCGGUUCCAAGUACAUGAUUUGGCAAGAUCCUAUAGACAAUGACGUCGAGGCAGAGAAGGACACCCUGGUAGGUGUGUGGAAGGACACUUCUCUGGACGUCAAGAUGAAAACAUGGCAGGAAUACAUUGCUCCCAUCGCCCAGAAGGGCUACCAGAUGGUGCUAUCGGCUUGCUGGUACCUGAACUACAUCAGCUAUGGGCAGGACUGGAAGAAGUAUUAUGAAUGUGACCCUAGGGGCUUCAAUGGUACGGAAGAAGAAAAAGACCUGGUCGUAGGUGGUGAGGCGUGCAUGUGGGGAGAGUAUGUGGAUGGCACGAACAUCAUACCGAGGCUUUGGCCAAGAGCUUCUGCAGUGGCUGAGCGACUCUGGAGCAGUGCGUCUUACAACAACACAGACGACGCCAGCUUCAGACUGGACCAGCAGCGAUGUCGUAUGCUAAGGCGUGGUAUUCCUGCUUCACCUAUUCUCAACGGUUUCUGUGGCGACUACGACUGGGAUGUAGACGAGAAGUUCCACGGCCCGUGAAUGAACACAGGUUUUGACGCCAUCAAGGGUACCUUGUACUAAGUGACAACCGCAUGACCAAAGCCGUGCCAUAGAACAACAGAAAAAGAAGUAGAAGAAGAAAAAAGUGCCAAUGUUCCGAAUAAAAUUUACGGGUGUUGCAUGCA